GGCGGGCAGGAGGAAGGGGUGGAGGUGCGAGGGGAGGAGGGCUGGCACCGGAGCGCCGCCGUGUCGGUGCAAUAAAAAUGCAUCCCAUGGAACUGCCCAUGGAGAAGGACGGGACCGAGACGCAGCAGCAGGAGGUGGUAAAAGCCGAGGAGGACGCCCAGGAGGCGGUGGCGGCGGCGGCGGCCGGGAAGUGAAAGGUCUCGCAAAGUUCAGCGGCUGCUGCGGGCGCCGAGCCCCGGGCUAGCGGCGGAGGAACCUGCAGGACCGCUCCGCUGGGUAGCGCGGCAGGGCCGGCUAUGGUCCCGGGGUUCCCGCCGCCCCCGAGGUGCCCGGGCCCCUCCAGGCCGGUGCGCGAGGGUCACCCCACCGCCCGGCGCGGCCCCAGCCUGCGGCUCCCAGCCGCCGGCGCCCACUGUCCGAGCCUGGCGCCCCAGGAGGAGGAAGAAAUAAAAAGCCUCGGUUCCUCUCGAGGACUGUUGGCGCUUCAUCCUACAGCCGCGAGGGCUCGGCUCCCUCCAGUACCCGCCCGGCCCGGGUCCUCCCGGCUCUUCCCGGCCAUGGGGAGCUGCGCGCGGCUGCUGCUGCUCUGGGGCUGCUCCGCGGUGGCCGCAGGACUGAGUGGAGUGGCUGGAGUGAGUGCCCGCUGUGAAAAAGCCUGUAACCCUAGAAUGGGAAAUUUGGCUUUAGGGAGAAAACUCUGGGCAGACACCACCUGUGGUCAGAAUGCCACUGAACUGUACUGCUUCUACAGUGAGAACACUGAUCUGACUUGUCAGCAGCCCAAAUGUGACAAAUGCAAUGCUGCCCAGCCUCACCUGGCUCAUCUGCCAGCUGCCAUGGCAGACUCAUCCUUCAGGUUUCCUCGCACGUGGUGGCAGUCUGCUGAGGAUGUGCACAGAGAAAAGAUCCAGUUAGACCUGGAAACUGAAUUCUACUUCACUCAUCUAAUUAUGGUCUUCAAGUCUCCCAGGCCGGCAGCCAUGGUGCUAGACCGGUCCCAGGAUUUUGGGAAGACAUGGAAGCCUUACAAGUACUUUGCAACUAAUUGCUCAGCUACAUUUGGCCUGGAGGAUGAUGUUGUCAAGAAGGGAGCUAUGUGCACUUCCAGAUACUCCAGUCCUUUACCAUGCACUGGAGGAGAGGUUAUUUUCAGAGCUUUGUCACCACCAUAUGAUGUGGAGAACCCUUACAGUGCCAAAGUACAGGAGCAGCUGAAGAUCACCAAUCUCCGUGUGCAGCUGCUUAAACGACAGUCUUGUCCCUGUCAGAGAAACGACCUGAACACAAAGCCUCAACAUUUUACGCACUAUGCAAUCUAUGAUUUCAUUGUCAAGGGCAGCUGCUUCUGUAAUGGCCACGCUGAUCAGUGUGUACCUGUUGAUGGCUUCAGACCUGUCAAGCCCCCUGGAACGUACCACGUGGUACACGGAAAGUGUAUGUGUAAGCACAACACAGCAGGCACCCACUGCCAACAUUGUGCACCUUUAUACAAUGACCGUCCCUGGGAGGCAGCUGAUGGCAAAACAGGGUCUCCAAAAGAGUGCAGAACCUGCAAGUGCAAUGGGCAUGCUGAUGCCUGUCACUUUGACAUUAAUGUGUGGGAGGCAUCGGGGAAUCGCAGUGGUGGCGUCUGCAAUGACUGUCAGCACAACACGGAAGGUCAGCAUUGCCAGCGUUGUAAACCAGGCUUCUACCGGGACCUCCGGAGACCUUUCUCUGCACCAGAUGCUUGCAAAUUGUGUUCCUGUCAUCCAGUUGGAUCAGCUGUCCUUCCUUUCAGCUCAGUGACCUUCUGUGAGCCCAGCAAUGGUGACUGCCCUUGCAAGCCUGGGGUGGCAGGGCCACACUGUGACAGGUGUAUGGUGGGAUACUGGGGCUUCGGAGACUACGGCUGCAGGCCCUGUGACUGUGCGGGGAGCUGCGACCCUCUCACAGGAGACUGCAUUAGCAGCAACACAGACAUAGACUGGUAUCAUGAAAUUCCUGACUUCCAUUCCAUGCACAAUAAGAGUGAACCAACCUGGGAGUGGGAGGAUGAGCAAGGAUUUUCGGCACUUCGACAUUCAGGUAAAUGUGAGUGUAAGGAACAGGUGUUAGGAAACUCCAAGGCAUUCUGUGGAAUGAAAUAUUCAUAUGUGCUAAAAAUAAAGAUUUUAUCAGCUCAUGAUAAAGGAUCUCAUGCUGAGGUCAAUGUGAAGAUUAAAAAAGUCUUAAAAUCUACCAAAUUGAAAAUUUUACGAGGAAAGCGGACAUUAUAUCCAGAAUCAUGGACUAACAGAGGCUGUACUUGUCCAAUCCUCAAUCCUGGUCUGGAGUACCUUGUAGCAGGACAUGAGGAUGUAAGAACAGGCAAACUAGUUGUGAAUAUGAAAAGUUUUGUCCAGCACUGGAAACCAUCUCUUGGAAGAAAAGUCAUGGAUAUUUUGAAAAGAGAGUGCAAGUAGCAAUAAAUGUGUAUAACACAUAACGGCACUUCUCUAUGUACAAAACACAAACUUAAUGGAAAGGAGACUUCAAAAAUGAAACUGGAAUUUUCUUUUAAGUGCCAAAAUAUAUAGAAAUGUUCCAGUGCAUGGGCCUGUCUAAUCUAUCUCUUUUGGGCCCCUGUUUUAAAUACAGUUUGUUUCAUAAAGAGGAAUGAAAAAUCCUAUACUGAUACCUGUUUUCUAUGGAAUUGAUUCUAAAAGUCAUCACUAUUAAGAGCAUUUAAAUAGCAGUAUGAUAUUUAGCAGUAAUCCAUUAAGGGCAACGCAUCUAACAAGGACUCCUCCCAGCUUCAGAUUAUGUUAUUUACAUUUGUGCUACUUGAAGUAAUUAAUGAGAUUUUAAGGAAUUCCCAACCCUACUGUCAGAAAAGGUGUUUCUUGAAAAGAGCCUUCUCUUGUGUGAAGUGUGUGAACUUUGGUCUGUGGAGUGUUAAAUGGAACCUCUCCAUAUGUAUAUAGUAUUUCAUUGUAAAAAGCACUUUACUACCUACCACUUGUGUUGUGAAAGUUUAGAGAUUGCUGUUGACAGAAAGAAAAUAAAAGGGCACGUAAGAAAACCUGCUGAAACAGAAGCACUGCCACUACAUGUGGAAAAAAGUAACCAUAUAAAGGAAGUUGUACUAUUUAACCUUGAACACCUGGAGAAACUAUGUGAAGAUGCAACCUGAAAGGAGAAUAUGUUUGCAUGAAGUCUCAGCUUCAGGUUAGAGGUUAGAUUCCACAUAUACCGGCCAUGAUGAAACUUUUUAUAAAAAACUAAACAAGAAGAGACUUUAAAAUAAGUGAAAGAAGUUAUAAGUGUCGAAAUAUGCUUGGAUGAAGAGGAAAUGGACUUUAAAUAUUAAAAAGCUCAUUUAUUUGUAAUGCACUUGUAUACAUUUCAAAAAUUAUUUUAGACACAGAAUUUGUUUUAUUUUUAUGUUUAGUAUUUAAACCUGAAUAUUGAAACAGUUUCCUCCUUGUCUUUAUUAACAGUAUAUGGCCAUUCUAUUUACUCACUUUUUGACACAGUGUAUGUGAUAGUUCACCAAAUUACAGUUUUUCAUUGUUUUUCCUCUUCUGUACCCAUGCAUAAAUAACCACUAUAUAUACCAUUUCUUUUGUACUUGAAUAUACAAAACGCGAACCACAGUGCCAUAAGAUUAACUUCACAUACAGAAAAUAUUUUUCCUGAGGUCCUGUGGACUUACAAAAAUAUAUAUAUAUUGCUGUUAAUUUUUUUAUAUAUGUAAUAAAGGAAUAUGAUCUCCUGA